GUCUUGGCUAAUUUGACAGGUAUCUUACAGUUUUGUGACUAAAUGGUUAUUUUGUGUUUUGAGGCGGGUUGUGUGCAUUUCUGCGGCUGUUUCAUAAACAAGGUACUACUUAUAUGUGCAGUCUACUGAGGGACACAAGACGCCUGACAAUAUAAUGAAUUUAAGAAGGCGCUGCACAUUUUCCCUGGUUUUAUGUUUUGUGCUGAUAUCCAUGGUGUCACUGUUUAUGUACAUCUCAUUAACAACACAAAGCAAUCAUGUGUACACAUUCAGUAAAGCUAAUAUUGUUAAGGAAUCCAUUCCAGCAUCUCCAGGUUUUAAAUACCCACUUGACUUUGUUUAUCCUUAUAACUAUAAAUUUACUCUUAAUGAACCAGAAAAAUGCCAGCACAAGGAUGUAUUUCUUGUUCUCCUAAUCACAACAAGGGUAAAUGAAUUUGCCACUAGAUUUGCAAUCCGAAAGACUUGGGGUAAUGAAGGCUUGGUACCUGGAGUUUUCAUUGUAAGGCUGUUCUUAGUUGGGAUUGAUAAACAUUUUCCAGACCUUCUUCAGGAGUUGUUGAAAGAGGAAAGCAUGUUGUUUCAUGAUAUUAUUCAACAGAACUUUGUUGACUCCUCCAUCAACCUGACCAUCAAAACUCUGAUGGGGCUACAGUGGGUCAACACCUUUUGUCCAAAAGCAUCUUACAUCGCAAAACUUGAUGGGGACAUUUUUUUAAAUACAGAACACUUAGUGAGGUUUCUGAAUCCUAACAUGCUAACAAAAGAAAAUUAUUUCACAGGUUAUGUAAUAAGAGGAACUGCCCCAUAUCGAGAUAGUGCAUGGAAGUAUUAUGUCCCUUAUGAACUCUAUGAACCUGACUAUUACCCUCCAUACUGUGGUGGAACUGCCUAUGCAUUUUCUGGAGACAUGGCAAAGAAGAUAUAUGAUAUUGCUCAUGUUAUUAAACCUUUUAAUAUAGAGGAUGCUUUUAUAGGUGUGUGCCUGGAGAAAUUGGGCAUAAAUAUCUCAGAACCUAAAAAAAACAUCUUCUAUGGACACAAGAUGGAGUAUGAGACAUGUCGCUUCUCAGAGUUAAUUACAGUUCACCACAUCAGUCCAGAAGAACUUCUACAAAUCUGGCCAGUCUUUAUGACAUCAAAAGAUAAAUGCCAAUCUGCCAAGGACAAUUAGAAGUCAUAUAUGGACCUGUGAUCUGAUAGAGAAAGUCCAAGAGAUGAUCUGCCCCAAAUGAACUGCAGCUGGAACAGAAUUUGACCUGGAAGGUUUGAUAAUAGUAUUAGGAGUGUAAUAUAUUAGAAAACAUUGACAAACACUACUGUUCUAGAUUAUAUUUCUUUACUAUAGUGUAUCCACAAUCUAAUGAAAAUGUGUGUAAAACUGUAACACCACAGAAUGAAAGAUGGGUUUUCAGGUGGCUAUUAGGAUCAGACUCACUACUAUCUUUUAAAACACACGCCUGUAAAUGAGCAGAGGUACUUAAAAUAAAUUGCUUCACUAUUACGUUAUAUUAAAUUUUAUUUACAUUUAAA